CCCCUAGGUAAACUAUUCCCAAGUGAUUUGAUUGUUUAAUCAAAGGUUUGCACGAUUUUUUUGUUUGUGAUCAAAGAAAGCGUUGCACGAUUUUUUUUCUUAGGGGCAAAAGUUUGCGAGAUCCAAGAACUCUCUCUUCUGUGUUCACAUUCUCUUUUCCUCUUACCUCUCAAUCUAUUUUUACUAUUUUCCCAUUCAUCCAUCCCCCAGAACUGAAUCACACAAAGUUUGUAUCUUUCUCAUCCAACUCCUCAAUCUUCUCCAAGUAGGUUGCUUUUUGGAAGUAACGAAGUUAGAAAGAAGGAAUGGUGAGAACGCCAAGAAGAGGGCAGAGAUCAAAGGGUAUUAAGGUGAAUCAUUGCAUUCAGUUGACUCUGUUGCUUAGUGUUGGAAUAUGGCUGAUUUAUCAGAUGAAGCAUUCUCAUGAGAAGAAAUCUGAGUUUGUUGAGAGGUCUAAGAUUCUUGAUGUUGUUGAUGAUAACAAAGUUGUUAAGCUUGGAAGGAAAGAUCUUCUUAACCCUAGAGUUGUUGAGACGACCAAUGUGAAGGAGGAUGAAGUUGAAGAAGAUGAAGAAGGGAGCAGCAAGAUUGUAGAUAGGGAGGAGGAAAGAGGCGAGGAUAAAGCUGUGGUAGAAGGGAAUAAUAGCGAGAAGGAAACCGAAGGUACCGGGAACGAGGACGAGGAUUCAAACAAUGGAGAUAGUGAGAAGAAGGUUGUUGUUGAUGAGAGUGAAGAAGCUAGAGAGAUGAAUUACAAGGGAGAUGAUGCGUCCAGUGAGGUAUUGCAUGGGACGACGAGUGAGGAGAAGAGCAAUGGAAAGGUUGGUGUUGAGGAAGAGAGUAAAUCUAAGACUACUGAGAGUGUCAGUUUCCAUGAAGAUGAGUCAGGUCCAAAGACUGGUGUAUUGCGUGGUUCUGUUAUUAAACAAGUUUCUUCUAACACAACUGAGAAUGGGGAGGUUGGUAGUGAUGACGGUCAGCAGCAAGAGACAAAGAGUGAGUCUGAUUCAAAGACUGGGGAGAAGCCAGAAGGUGAGAAGGGGUUUUCUGAUUCGAAUGGUCAGUUGCCUGAUGAGACUAUCCAGUCCACUUCCAAUGCAAAUGAGACUACAGAAACUUCUGGGAGUGAUGAGUCGGGAUCGAGUGGGAAAUCCGCAGGUUAUCAACAGACGAAGAACGAAGAAGAUGAUAAGGAAAAGGUAGGAUCUUCUGAACACUCAUCUGUAGAGGAAACCAAAGUCAAAGAAUCCGAGAGGAAGGAGAAAGAAGAGUCCUCGUCCCAAGAGGAAGAACCCAAGAAAAGUGAGAAAGAAGAGUCUUCAUCUCAAGAGGAGAAUGAAACAAAAGAAGCUGUAAAACAAAAACAGGAGAAAGAAGAGUCGUCAUCUCAAGAGGAAAGCAAAGAGGCACAACCUGAGAAAAAGGAGAAGGAAGGGUCUUUCUCUCAAGAGGAGAAUGCAAUCAAAGAAACAGUGAAACAGGAGAAAGAAGAGUCUUUAGAGAAGAAUGAAAUCAAAGAAACUGUGAAACAAGAGAAAGAAGAGUCUUCAGUAUCAUCGGAAAAGGAAAACACCAACAGUGAGAAGAAAAUUGAACAGGUGGAAUCUACUGAUUCUUCAAACGUACAGGAGAAGAGUGACGAACAAGAAACUGAUGAAAGCAAGAGUGAAUCCGGCAAUGGAAGUGGCAACUCAGAUUCUGAUAAAAAGGAAACAGGGAAUGAUACUGCAAAAACAGAGUCAGAGAAAGAGAACAACAACAAAAUUGGCAAAACAGAGGAAAUCCAUAACCAUCAACAACAUACCAAGCCCACUUUGGAUGAUAGUCUGCCUCAACCUAAGGAUGCUCGAACUGAUAUAGAAACUCUUUCUGAAGCGAGCAACGGAUUAUCCAGCAACAAAGUUGCUGCUCUGUGAUGAUGUUUCUUAAAGAAGUGAAGUUGUUAUGUAUUGUAUUAUCCAUAUUCUAUACUUUCCAGUUUUCACGGGGUCUUAAGUCCCAAUCAGUAGUAUUGAGUUUUUGAUAGUUAUCAA